AUGGAUGCUGCUGAAGUUAAAUCAGGGGAUUACCCACCAAGACUUUACCCUGAAGGGUCUUCUAACCUUGAUGGUAAUGUUAUUAAUCACAAUUUCCAUCCAGGGCAUUUCCCCCAUGUUAGAGAAACAAUAGGACUUGAUGUGUGGGAAGAACUGGUGAACUCUCCCAUUGGAGUAGUUGCUAGGCUAGCGGAACGCGAAACUGCGAGUUAUAGAGAAGGAGAUAUCAGGUUUAGCUUGCUCGAGUUUGGUGAGAUCACUAGGCUAAACACAGGUCCAUUGCCAACAGAAAAUUUUGAACCUGGUCAAUACAACGAGUUUUGGGGGGAGUUGAAGGUGCCGCUUGGGAUGAGACCAAAGUUAGAUGAACUGAAGGCAGCAUUAGCGUUCUGUCCGCUUUGGAGUUUUGAAAAGCGCAAGUGGUUGGGGCUGCUACUUCUUCAAGCCAUGGGAGUCUAUUUUUUGCAUCACAAUUCAAGGAUACCCUUUCAAAAUGCAAUAAGGGUAUUCGACGAUGAAGCCAUGAGGUCGUAUCCAUGGGGUCGGACUGCAUACGAAGUUCUAAUUGACUCUAUUAAAACGUUGGCUCCAGAUGGAGGUUCAUACACAAUAAGCGGCAUGAAGGACGCGUUAUUGAUUUGGGCUUAUGAAUCCGUCACAUGCUUCGGUGAGAGUUUUGGGAGAGUGAUCAAUAACGAAGACGUUCCGCUUUUGCGAUGGGGUGGAAAGCGUACACGUGCAAGCUUUGAUAAAUUGUUGUGUGCCGAAAUCGAAAAGCAUGGCGAGGUGCGUGUGAGGAGAAUGGUUUUGAAGGACUCAAUUGAAGAGAUGUUUCCUAUUUGGCCGGGUGAAGAUGACAACCCACAACUCGUUAGGUUGAUAACAGACAUACAUUCAGGUAGAUUUGUGAAAGGUUUGUGGGAAGUGCAGGGGAAUGUAAAGGGGAAGGGGAAUGAGAAGAAGAGAAUGAAGGGUGGAGUUUCGUCAGAAGCUGAGCCACCCACUAAGAAGCAGAAGAAAGUUAAGACACAGAAUGAGUCUGAAGCUGAUGCAGCGGGAAAGGGUUCUGGCGAGAAGGAAGGUAGUAAAGAGUUGGAGUUGGAGAACAAAGCGACUCUAACGACCAUUGUGAGUACUCUGGAUAUUAUUUCCAGAAAAUUUGAUCAGGUUGACUCACGGUUGGAAGCUUACGAGUUAGACCGGAACAGACCACUGAUGGACCAAAAGACCAUUGAUGACAGGAAGUCUGUCAAUAGUCCAGCGUUAGUAGCUGCGACUCCUGGUAAGGAGUUUGGACCGAAAAAGAAUUUGGCCAAGGAGCUUGAAAAGGAAUCAGGGGUGAAAAGGACUUUGGAUGAGGAGUUUGGUAGUGUCGAUAAAGCUACUGAUAUGCGGCCUCUUGAUUUCGUAGUAGUUCUCCUGCAAAGGCUACUAAGGAUGAUAAGGCUACCAAAGAUGAUAAGGCUGCUAAGGAUCCAGCCUAUGGACGCGGCUGCAGGCGCAAGCAGGAAGGAGAAGGCUGAGACUAAGAAAAAAGCUACUGAGGAUAAGAAAAAAGAGGCUGAAGCUAAGAAAAAAGAGGCUGAAGCUAAGAAAAAAGUGGUUGCGGCUAAGAAAAAAGAGGCUGAGUUAAAGAAGAAACAAGAGGCUGAGCUAAAGAAGCAAAAACAGGCUGGGUCAAAGUACAAAAAGGUGACUCCACCGCGUGACAGUGUAAAAAAAUGCAAGGUACAACCUGAUGUAGAGGACAGUUCAUUGGCUGAUAUAACUGAAGAAGUUGUUGCAGAACAGAACGAAUUCGCGCCGGAGUCUGAUGUCGAGAAUUCUGAAGUGGUUAGAUCUGCCAUAAUUAAGGACUACCGGGAGAAAAAUGUUCGGUUAACUCCAAAAGGGUUGUCAAUGGCGGCAGUUUCUUCAUCAUUAGUUUUUCCGAACGUAGGACAUGAUGGAACGACGUGCAUGAGGAAGAAUGUUACUCCUUCAUCAGCAAUAUAUGACCCUCUAGCGCAUGUUGAUCCGGCGCUAUUGGAGAAACUUAUGCAACACAUCAAGGCAAUUACACCCAAACCACCAGAGCACCAGCAUGUCGUGGUGUAUAUGAACGUCCUCAUUAAAAGGUCCAUGCGAGAGCCCACUCUAUUCUGGUCCAAGCGGAUUGCCUUCAUUGACGUUUGGUGGCAAAGUUUUUCUAUUCACGAUUACGCUCAGUUCAAGAUGAAACCCACAAUGUUCAUGUUCAAAGGCAAUGGUUAUGAAGAUAUGAUAAAUGGUAGGAUUCCCGAUCAUUGUCGAACAAACUUGAAGUGGUAUGAAGAUAUGGAUCACUUGUACGGAUGUCUUCAAACCGGCGGAAAUCACUGGGUUGUGUAUCACGUGAAUCUGAAGAAGGAGAAGAUUGAUUGCUACGAUCCAAUCUUUGGAGAGGUAACACUCAAAAGUGAGCAGAGAAUUCUGAAUUCAUUUAAACCGCUGACGCACAUGAUUCCUGCUAUGUUGAGUGUACAUAUUCCUGCCAAUAUCCGACCCAUUAGCAGGAAGAAGUUCUCAUUCAGAAGGAGGAGCAAAAGAUACACUCCACAAAACACUCAGGUUGGCGAUUGUGGGGUGUAUUCGUUGAAGUUUGUGGAGUGUUUAGCGCUUGGUGUUACGUUUGAUGGGAUAAACGAUCAAAAUAUUCAAGGUUUACGGAUGAAGAUGGCAGCAGAUAUCCUCGCUGAAGGAGGAAAUGUUGUGACGGACCAAAUGAUGGCUAAAUGA